AUAACUGUUAGUAGCUAAUAAUAAUUAGCAAUAAUAAGUACCAAAGAAAACGUGACAUGGCAGCAUUGUCCAAUCGGAGGAGACAAGGGGCGGGACUUCCGCUAGCUACCAGAAGGGGAGGGCUCGCGGUCUUGGAGGGAAUUUCAAUAAACAUAUCCGUCUUUUUCCCCCCGCGAGCUAAGAAUACUUGAUAAAUAACUGGUCUUCGAAAACAGAGUUCGACGAGUCCAUCUCUAAUCUGGUUAAGACGCACAACUAGAGAUGAAACGCUAUGACUGCGCAUUCAAACGCCGUUAACUGAACGUUCGUUGGCUGAAUAUGUUUCUUCUGUUAGCUGUCAUCGUAGCAUGCGCGGCUAGCCUCCGUUAAACGUUAAUAUCCAGAGCUCCACUCGGCGGUGGUCCGAGUCGAAAUGUGCCGACACUCGACCGCAGAACCUUGAUACCGCGAUAAGUUCUGGUCAUGGAUCGAAAGAAGAGGAGGCUCGAGAGUCAACUGUGUAAAGCGGUGGACGACGGAGACCCGAGGUCGGUGAUGCUGCUUCUCUCCCAAGGAGCCUGCCCUGACCUGGUGGGCAGUAAAGGGGUCGCUGCGAUACAUCUGGCUGCCGGCAAAGAGACUGAGAAGAACAAGCGCUGUUUGAAAAUGUUCCUGCAACACGGAGCAGACCCCAAUGUCAGGGCAUCGGAUGGCCUGACUCCUCUUCACAUUGCUGCUGUGUGGGGGUGUUACCAGAAUCUGAAGCUGCUCUUGAUGAACGGAGGGAACCCAAACAUCAAACAUAAUGAAGGGCAUACACCGGGGCAGCUUGCAGAGCAACAGGAGAAUCGAAGAUGUGCUCAGCUCCUGCAGGAGUACCAGUUAAGCUCCAUGGAAACUGAGGAAGACGAGUUACCUCAAUUCCAAUACUCUGUGUAUUCCGAUCAAACGGACACGUCCGGCUACCCUGAAACAGAGUUCAGCUUCAGUUCCCACUCUUCCACGAUCAGUGACUUUGGUGAAGCCCCGUUGAGCAGCACAAGGCGCUCAUCCUUUUUCAACCUGUCCAACCUUAAUGGAAGGCCAGAUUGCAGAGGAACGUCAUAUAACAGACUUUCUGAUAUGGACGCAAAGAGGCAUCGCAGCCAGUACUGGACAAAUCCCGCCUCGCAUUGUGCAUCCGAAUAUCCCUCCAUACUAUCAAGCACUCGUGUGUCUGCAGUGGGACCUGCAGCUGCAAUGCCCAGUUGUAAAGAGGAGGUAUUUUUUGACGACGCUGCGUCCGGAUCACAAACAAAUGAACAAGGUGCUACAACUGAGGGCGGAAGCUCCCCCUCUAGAAGAGACACUCUCCCAGUAUCCUCCUGCAGGCGGGCAAGUCGCAGGAGUGUGAGCUUCAGAAAUGUCAAUGAGUAUUUCCCUGUUUUUAGUCCUGAAUCUCCUGAACCGCGCCCCGAAGGCUUAUCGUUCGACAUGUCCGAGUACUCCGACUUCCUGGAUUCAGAGCGCGUGGCCACCGUUUUACACAAGCAGGGCCUCGACGUCACGUCGCCGGAUCACGUUUACGUUUUCUGCAGGGAGAGCGGCGAUGGCACGGCGGAGGACAUGGAGAAAACGGUCGUUGGUUCCUGCGCUUUGGCAGAGAGCGACGGCGAAGCGGAGGGCAAAUAUUUAUCAGAGCCUGAGGUGGAUUUACCAGAGCAGCCGGUCCUUUCCCCUGUUAGUGUCACUAGCAGCGGGUCGGGUAGUAGUCAUUAUAGUAGCUGUGAGAGCGACCAUUACGUCAGUACACUGGAUGCUCCUCUGCACCCCGCUGUGCAUGGGGCCUCUGCGGCGGCUGAAUUUGAACCGUGUGGUAGUCCCGCUGUCCAUCGGCCCGCGGCGGACACCCUGCAGGAUGAAGCCGCUGGGAUAUUACCGCUCUCGUUCACGCCCAGUCCUUUCGUAACGGGCAGGACUCGCUCCAGGUUGAGCCGGUGCUCGUUGAGAACCAGCAGACCUUCCGAGAGCCUCCUCAGCACGUCCUCUUUGUUAGAGGUGAACCUCCCCGCGCCGGUCCGAACGCGGCGGCAGACGCCCCGAUCUCAGAGCAGGGAAGACUUUUACAGUUCACCACACGCAGCUUGUCGUACGCCGUACAAUUCGGGGAGGGGCACAGUGGGAGCAGCACAUCCGGCAGAACGCAGGGACGUGGCAUCCGGCACCCUCACAGCUGGUCCAAGUGGCGGCAGCAGCAGCAGCCAGGCGGAUACGCUCAUCCUCUCCAGAAGCGCAACCGAUUCCGCUCCUGGAUCGCAGACUUUGUGUGACACGCUCAUUCUGGAGGAAAGCGAGGAAUCUUCAAUGGACGCCUACGAAAGAAACCUUGCGGAGGUUAUACUGGCCAUGCAGGGCCAUGGUGUUGCUGGAAGCAAGGAUUUUAUGACUGAUGAUCUGACGAGCACAAGCGAGGGAACUACGAAGAACCCCCCAAAUGCCGCUCCCGGCGAGGACAACCUGGAGGGCCUAAAGAAAGAGGACGCCCUGAUGACUAAGGACUACGACUCUCAGCCGGACUCCGCCUCAUCUUCCUCCAGCUCCACCUAUUUCUCCCUGAGGAGGUCCAGGGACGAUUCCGACCCGCCCUGCACCCCAGGCACCGGGUGCACCCCCAGGUACAGCAUGAGCCGGCUGUCGUGCGGCGUCAGGCCUCAGCGCCUGGCGAGCCUGUCCUACACCCCGGGAGGGCGGCCGCUCAUCCAGGACCUGGACGAAGCAGUGGAGUACCUGUACACCGACUCGGAGCAGGGCCACGAGCUGAUCGAGACCCACGUCCCGCCGACGGCCAACACCUCGCUCAGCUCCAGCAUGAGCGCCAGCAGCACCGAGGACACCGUCCUCUACGACUGGCGCUCCAUGCAGGCCGACCUGACACAGGCCGGGAAGGAGAACCGGCCGCCGCCGCCCAAGAAGGAGGGAGGCGACGACGAGGACGGGCUGCUGCCGGACACCAGUGGGAUGACGGACAAGGAGCUGAGGUCGAGGCUGUUGGCGCUGGGCGAGAGCCCCGGUCCCAUCGGCAGCCGCACCAGGCCCGUUUACGUGCGGAGGCUGCGCCGGCUGCUGCAGGAGUCCUCGUCCCCGUCCCCACGUCCCCAGAGGCCGUCGGACCAGCCACACACAGAUUUAGGCUACAGUCCGGAACUGUGUCGCGCCCUGCGGACCUUCGAGCUGCCCAAAUGUCAGGCGGACGAGCAGGCUUUGUGCCAGCAGUUCGACCAACCGGAUCAAAACAGAAAGUGGAGGGAGGGCAUCAUCAAGUCCAGCUUCAACUACCUGCUGCUUGACCCGAGAGUGACAAAAAACCUUCCAUUCCGCAGUCAGACCAUGACCCCACAAGAGUGUUUCCACACGUUUACCAACGCAAUAUUUUAUGUGGGCAAAGGGAAACGCUCCCGGCCGUACAGCCACCUGUACGAGGCUUUAGAGUACUUCAAAGGAGACAAGACUUCCAAGAAAUUGUGCCCCAAGGUGCAGCACAUCCUUCAGGUGUGGAAGGCGGAGCAGGGCGUCGUCUCUCUGCACUGUUUCCAGAAUGUCGUCCCUGUGGAGGCUUACACCAGAGAGGCCUGCAUGGUGGAGGCCAUCGGCUUGAAGAUGCUCACCAAUCAGAAGCGAGGGGAUUUUUACGGCGUCGUGUCCACCUGGCAGGUGAAGAGGAAGCGGGACUUGGGCGUCCACCUGCUCUACAGGGCCAUGCAGAUCUUCCUUGCAGAGGGUGAGAGACAGCUCAGACCAGCAGACAUCAGACAGUAGUACCUCCCACUCGGGGGGGGGGGGGGGGGGACAACAGCCAACGUGCAGAGGAGAAGCCACUGUUUCAGUAUUCUUUUGAUUUAAAAAAAAUGUGUUUAAGAGUGUGUGGGGGUUUACAAAAUGAAGAUCUCAGGAAUCCCCUGAAAUAUUGUUUCUUUUAUACCUUAACUCCGUCAUCUCAAUCGCCUUCCAUAUAAUCAGUUAAGAUCAUUUCACUUGUUUUCCAAAUGUGAAUUGUGUUUGAUAAAAUGACUUCUAAUCUGCCCAGAUGUGACAACAUUGAUGAAUCUUCAAAAUACUGAUGGGUAGAAUAAUAUGUAAAAUAAAAUAUAUGGGUUAAUUAACAUGAACAGUCUUACAGAAGGAAAAACAUGAACAGAACAAAGUUUGGACAUUUGGUUCUCUGUAGUACUCAUUUAAAGGCAUUUCAGUACAAUCAAAUUGACUUCUGUCACAUUUCCCAUACACAAGUUAAUUCAGAAAGGAAAAACUAAACAAGCUGUGAGUGUCAUUUACCAAAUAAGCCUGGUAGAGAAUCACAUUUUGUAGUUCUGUAAACAUAUAUGACCGUACGUUUAGCUGAGGCUGACUAGCAUUAUUGGUUUUAAUGGAUAAAUCAACAAAGAUGUUUAUAUUUUUAGAAACUUAAUGUGCUAAUAUCACUGGAUUUCCAUUUCCUUUCUUGUGCUACUUUGUUUUUGUUAAAAAUCUGCAUUGCGGGGAAGCAGAUGAUAUGCGAGUGUUCAGGACUGAUCGGUGUGUGUGUGUCUUUGUGUACUCUUCUUGUAGGUGUGACUUUACAAUUGUAGUGUAGAACUGAAUGGUUGUUUGUUGUUAGUGCAUCAGCCGUAUGUUAAGUUAGGGAGACAGAACUAGUUUGUAUAGUCACAGAACACUGGUUUGAGGAUGUUUCAACAUCUUUUUCUUUGACGCUAAUUAGAAUUAAAUUUGUUUAUUUUGUAUUUUCUUAUUAUCUCAUGUCAUGGUGCACAAAUGUAUGGCAUCAGCAUCAUUUGUCUACCCAAUGUAAUGCACUUGAUCAAUUAUCUAGAGACUGAACGUUUUAUUUCAUACAAAAUGCAUUAAUAUGGACUGUUUGUAAACAAACAUGUUCUUUUUUUUACAUCCCUCUCCUCAGCUUAAAGAAAAUCAAAGCAUAAGAUCACCUGAUCAUUGGCAUUUACUUUUUAUUAUGAUAUGAAUGUCAUGAGAUUAAAUAUCUAUGACAACUGAUGUGUAUAUCAAUGACUGUGCAUUUACUUAUAUUUCUAAAAAGGCACCUCAUUGUGAGCUAUGUUUGAUAUGUUGGAUUUAUUGUCAAAAAUAAAUGUAUCAUUCAUGUCUCCAUCAUUUACUCAUACCUGUUACGCAGUGCUCUCUGUUCAUUAUGAACAUCAUCUUUGACUUUGUUUCUUCCCUGGAGUCAAAAGAAAAAUACACUUAACGUGAACCUCU